AUGCUUCAGGUAGAUGCUUUGGAGCAUGCUGGACCAGAAUUUGUGGCGAAGCUGAAGUGGCAGGAACAGGAAUUCGGGGGCGAAGCUGAAGUGACAAGGGAUAGAAGGCAGGUUGCACAACAUACAGUAAAUUUCAUCGUCUUGGAUUUAUUGCAUAAGGAGUACUUUUCGCUGCCAUGUACCUUGGCAGAUACCCCAAUGGUAUUAACCCCAUGCCACACAAAUUUAUUAUACUCAUUACUGAUGGUAUAUGCGGGUUACUCUUUACAAAGACAUAUACUUUACGAGGGAGACAGUGUCCAAAUCCCCGCGGAUCAUAUAGGCUGCUAUAGUCUCGACCAGUUCCAGCCCGACUUCUUUGAUGGGAAUGUGAGAGUAUCUUCAUCGCCUCUUAAACAAAAGUUUUUUAAUGCUCCUGGACUGGACAGUCUUUAUAACAUUGAUUUUAAUGAUAAGUUGGAGAAGACUGAUUGUUUCAAUAUUCCUGAGGGGGUGCAGAACGCCUAA